UAUAGCCCUUUCCUUCUUGUUUCUGAGCUCUCACAACCAUUCUUUUUUCAAGACUUUGAAUAAGAAUAUGGCAAAGUUCGGGGUAGUGAUUUUGCUGCUCAUCGUCACCCUGGAAAUGGCAGCCGUCCCUGGAAUGGCUCAAACUUGGGCUCAGAAGCUCGUGACUGAAAAAGAGACGGUGACCAAUUUGCGAUUCUACUUCCAUGACACACUAAGUGGGAAGAACCCAACUGCUGUUAGGGUGGCUCAGGCCACUGGCACUGAUAAAUCACCAACUCUUUUUGGUGUGGUGAUGAUGGUAGAUGAUCCGUUGACAGAAACUCCGGAUCCGAAGUCCAAGCUCUUGGGGCGGGCUCAAGGGCUUUACGGGUCAGCUUGCCAGGAUGAACUUGGUCUAGUCAUGUCCAUGAGCUUUGUGUUCACAGAUGAUAUCUAUAAUGGCAGCUCUAUCAGCCUCCUUGGUAACAAUAGGGCAAUGAAUCCCGUUCGGGAGAUGCCCAUCGUCGGUGGCACCGGUAUUUUCCGACUGGCACGUGGGUAUGCAAUUGCCAAGACGUAUUGGUUUGAUCUUACCACCGGUGAUGCCAUUGUUGGAUACAAUGUUACAGUUGUUCACUAGGACUUGUAUGUCUAGCUUCUUCUAUAAUA